AUGGAUUGCCUGCAUCUAGUAUUCCUCUUUUCCUUGAUCUUAUUGUCAAACACCAAUAAAGCAGAUGAUUCAGAUCAAGAGGCUAUAACUUGGCACAUCAAGGAAAUACCUCACAUAGUUGCUUCAGAUGUUGUCCAUCUCAACAGCCCAAAGUUUGAAGCAGAACCAAAUCUACAACUCCAUGGAACCUGUGGUAUUGAAUGCCAGAAGAAGUUGCCACCACCUACUCUACAUGAUCUUGAAAAUUAUUUGUCUUUUGAAAGUCUGUAUGACAAUGGUACACGCACCAUGACAAAAGUAAACAUCCAAACCUGGCUUUCUGGAGAUCUCAAUCAGAGCAAUGUAUCCAUAAAACACAACAUGCGUAAAAAGAGACAAGUUUAUGGCACAGACAGUAGGUUCAGUAUAUCAGACAAACAUUUUAUGACCAACUACCCCUUUAGUACUGCGGUUAAACUAUCUUCCGGCUGCAGUGGCAUCCUUAUUUCACCAAAACAUGUUCUAACAGCUGCCCAUUGUGUACAUGAUGGCACUGAUUAUGUUAAAAAUUCCCAAAAAUUACGUGUUGGGAUUCUUAAAAUUAGGACAAGGAGAGGUGGCAAAAGAAGUAGGGGAUCAAAGAAAAACAAAGGAGAUACCUCUGAUGAUGUUAGUGCAACUAAGGAUGGUAAAAAAACAAAGAAGAAAGUCCAUACAAAAAAGGUCAGCAGCAGAUAUAGACCAGAAAAGCACAAGCUCUGGGAAAGAAAAAGGCUCCAGCCCUGGAAAGCCUUCCUUCCAGUGGACAAGAGUAAAAGCCAUUAA